GAGCUCAUGUUAUUAAACUUGGACCUAAAAAUUAUGAGGCUGCUAGAGAAGCUUUAAGAGUGUGGCCUAAUAGUUUACAAAUUGGUGGUGGAAUUACUUUUGAUAAUGCUAGAAAGUGGAUUGAUACUAGUGCUGACAAGAAAAAAAUAAUAAUUACAAAGGCUAACAUGCUUCCUGUUAAAAGAAAACAUCUUAUAGCUGAACAAAAAAAGGAAAUAUGUGAAAAGAAACUAAAGUUUCUAUUUAUUCUUAACAAUAAAAUAGCUGUUAAGUAUGGUGUUAAGAAGACAUAUAUAUCUGAUAUCCUCAAGCAAUCUUCUAAAUGGUUAGAUAUUGAUACAACUAAUGAAGCUAAAGCAAAUCGUAAACGUAACCAUCAGCCAAAGUGGCCCAAGUUAAAUGAAGUCAUGCAUAUUUGGGUUGAAAGUGCACUUGCAGCAGAUAUAGACUUAAUACAAGCUACCCUUUUUACCAAAGCCAAAUAUUUUGCCAUAGCUCUGAAUAUUAUUAAUUUUAAAGAUACUGGCUGGGUCAAUAAGUUUCAAAAUUGGUUAGAUCUUCAUCAGUAUACUAGAAAUG